CCAAAACAAAUGGCUUUAACUUUGAAAGGUCACACCGGAAGUAAUGACUUACCGCAGCAAACCAUAUUUUAAGGACUUUCGUGGUUUUUAGUCAUUUUCUUGUUGUCGCUGCUGAUUUUCAACUAUUACAACGCCAGGGCUUGGUUGAUUCGGAAGCACAGCCAUGUGCAGCUGUGUGCGGAGCUCCAGAGCUCUGUCCCCUGCCCUGCUGCCCAGGCUGCUGCGUCCUCAGACGGGGGUCAUGCUGGCCGACAGGAGCCUCAAGACCUCCUCUCAGUGUCUGGCUGUCGGCGGGGACUCCGCGCUGUCCCCUUUGCCCAGCCAGGCCCGGGUAGUCAUCUGUGGAGGAGGGAUCGUGGGAACAUCAGUGGCCUACCACCUGGCUAAACUGGGCUGGACUGAUGUUGUGCUGCUUGAGCAGGGCAGACUCGGUGCAGGAACAACCAGGCUGUGUGCUGGCAUUGUGAGCAUGGCUAAGCCCAUCUCUAUUGAAUGCCAGAUGGCCAACUACUCCAUUAGUCUUUACCAGCAGCUGGAGGAAGAGACGGGGAUUAAAACAGGCUACGUGAAGACAGGUUCUGUGUGUUUGGCACAAAAUCAAGAUCGCUUCAUCUCCCUUAAGCGUCUGGCAUCGAGACUUAGGGUGUUGGGCAUCAAUUGUAACAUCAUUAAACCUAAAGAGGUGGCCAAACUUCACCCUCUUGUUAACAUACAUGACCUGGUGGGGGCGCUCCACCUCCCCUCCGAUGCUGUGGUGUCUUCGCCUGAUGUCAACCACGCCCUGGCUGUAGCUGCUGCGGGACAAGGGGUUCAGAUCCUGGAGCGAACCAGUGUACAGCAGGUUGUGGUGGAGAAGGGCCACGUGAUGGCUGUUGAGACGGAUCGAGGCUCCAUCGAGUGUGAAUAUUUCGUUAACUGUGCCGGCCAGUGGGCCUACGAGCUGGGCCAGGCUAGUGAGGUGAAGGUGUCAGUUCCUCUCCAUGGCUGUGAGCACUUCUAUCUCCUCACCAAACCUCUACAGGAGCAGCUUUCACCCAAUGCGCCAGUGGUAAUUGAUAUGGAUGGGCGGUUAUAUGCCAGGCCGUGGCAGGGGGGCCUUCUGUCUGGAGGCUUUGAGAAGAACCCCAAACCCAUCUUCACUGAGGGCCGGAACCAGCUGGAGAUCCAGAACAUGCAAGAGGACUGGGAUCAUUUUGAGCCGAUGCUCAGCGCCCUCCUGAGGAGGAUGCCGAGCCUGGAGUCGGCUGAGAUCCACCAGCUGGUCAACUGUCCAGAGUCCUUCACGCCUGACAUGCGCUGUCUGAUGGGGGAAACACCAGGGGUGUCGGGCUACUAUGUGCUGGCAGGAAUGAACUCCUCGGGCUUGGCCUUCGCUGGAGGAGCUGGGAAGUACCUGGCUGAGUGGAUGACCUAUGGCUACCCCACUGCCAAUGUUUGGCCGCUGGACAUCAAACGCUUUGGAAACCUGCAGAGCAGCCGAACCUUCCUGCGACACAGGGUCAUGGAGGUCAUGCCUUUGCUGUUUGAGCUGAAGGUUCCACGGUGGGACUUUCAGACUGGCCGUCAGCUGAGGACGAGUCCACUCUACGACCGUCUGGACACCCAAGGAGCUCGCUGGAUGGAGAAACACGGCUUUGAAAGACCCAAAUAUUUUGUUCCACCUGGGAAAGAUCUGCUGUCUCUAGACCAGAGUAAGACCUUCUACAAGCCAGACUGGUUUGACAUCGUUGGAGCAGAAGUGAAAUGCAGCAAAGAGGCUGUGUGUGUCAUCGACAUGUCGUCCUUCACCAAGUUUGAGCUGACUUCAACAGGAGACCAGGCCUUGGAGCUGCUGCAGUACUUGUGUGCCAAUGACCUGGAUGUUCAUGUCGGACACAUCGUCCACACGGGCAUGCUGAACGAGCGAGGCGGCUAUGAGAACGACUGCAGCGUGGUCCGCCUCAGCAAGAACAGCUUCUUUAUCAUCUCUCCAACGGACCAGCAGGUCCACUGUUGGGCCUGGAUAAAGAAGCACAUGCCCAGCGACCCACAUCUCCACCUGGAGGAUGUCAGCUGGAAGUACACAGCUCUGAAUCUGAUCGGACCUCGGGCGAUGGACGUCCUGGCUGAGCUGUCGUAUGUUUCCAUGACGCCUGAUCACUUCCCCUCCAUGUUCUGUAAGGAGAUGAGUGUGGGCUACGCCAAUGGGAUCAGAGUAAUGAGCAUGACUCACACUGGAGAACCAGGCUUCAUGCUCUACAUCCCCAUAGAGUACGCGCUACACGUCUACAAUGAGGUGAUGUCGGUGGGUCAGAAGUAUGGCGUCCGUAACGCCGGCUACUACGCUCUGAGGAGCCUUCGCAUCGAGAAAUUCUUCGCCUUCUGGGGUCAGGACCUGGACGCCUUCACCACACCACUGGAGUGUGGACGAGAGUUCAGGGUCAAGUUUGACAAGGACACCGCCUUCCUUGGUCGUGAGGCGUUGCUGCAGCAGCGUCAGGAAGGCGUGUUCCGGCGGUUUGUCAUGCUGGUUCUGGAGGACCACGACACCGAGCUGGACCUGUGGCCAUGGUGGGGAGAGCCUGUCUACCGGAACGGUCUGCUGGCUGGGACCACCACCAGCAGCGCCUACAGCUACACUCUAGAGCGCCAUGUCUGCCUGGGCUUUGUGUCCCCUCCCCCUGGCGCAGAGGGGCUCCCCACCCCCAUCACCCCUGACUUCAUCAACCGCGGAGACUACGAGGUGGACAUUGCCGGGCAGCGCUAUCCGGCCAAAGCCAAACUCUACCCCUUUAGCUCCCUCUUUGCUCAACAGAAACGGAGAAAGGAAGACAUGGAGCUGAGUAACCUCCAGGGAAAGUGAGACGGGGGGAUGAGGUCUCCGUCUGAGACACUCCAUCAGGUCACCACGUCCACGCCGUGCCAGAUGCUCACUCCUUACUUGUUCCUGUAAAACUUAUUUCCAAACAGCGGUCUGCUUUUAACGUGCAAUAUGAGAUGUUUGAUCGAUGCCUCCGUCUCAGUCCUGCUUCCCUGCUGCACAUGCGGACACAUCCAGAUGUUUUCUGAUUGUGUUUCAGUUAUUUUAGGGCUUCGUGAAUGAAUCAGACAGAAAUGUGCGACGUGGCCAAUGCUGCUGUAAUAAUACACGAGUUCAGAGACUUUACCCUCUUCCCUGCUCCCAGCCCCACAACACAAUACUUAAAAUCAGAAAAUGAGGCUUUAAGCAUUAAACAAGCCUGAGGAAUGGAUGAAUAAUGUGUUGCAGUUCCGCCUCCAGCCCCGGUAACGUGUGCUGGAUGUGUGCCGAGCCCGUGAUGAACCCGUCGUCUGACCUGAGACUUAUUUAUGUUCCAUGUUUGUGCACUUUGGAGGCUUUUGUGCAGUUUUGGUGGCUAACGAGUCCUAGCAUAAAUGAUUUUAGAUGGUUGUGUAAAGGAAGGAUUUCACUGCUGGUUGAAAUAAAAAAUGUAUUUUUGUA